GUCUCACACAGAACAGAAGAGCCUUAGGAGGGCGUGGUCAAGAAGGUUGUCGUGUGGGUGGGGCCACGGACCAUGAGGGCGUGGCCUCCAGGGAGAUCAUUGGGAUCGGUCGCAAGUGCUCUCUGAGAAGAGUUCCAGUCAAAAUGCACAUGUAACAUUUACCGCUAAGGUGAAAUGCAGAAAUGAAAAGGACACAUCCAUUUGAGUACUCUCAGAUAUGAUUACAUGCACUUUAUCAUGUUUUCCAUGCUACUGACUUUUUUUUAAUGUUUAAAAAUUGUAAACCUUAAACAGCUUAGGACUUGCAAACUCGGUGUUUCCGAAUGAAGAUCACAAGUAGAGAUUUUAUUACAGCAUAAAUACUUCAGAGGAGCCCUCGACCUAGAUCCAUACAGAGUUUUUUCAUCAGCUGUGACCUGAAGCUUCAGCUCCUAGGAUGGCAGACAAGCUUCCCACAGAGUUUGAUGUGGUUAUAAUAGGGACAGGUUUGCCUGAGUCCAUCCUGGCAGCUGCGUGUUCGAGAAGUGGACAGCGGGUUCUGCAUGUUGACUCAAGAAGUUACUAUGGAGGGAAUUGGGCAAGUUUCAGCUUUACAGGCUUGCUGUCAUGGCUGAAGGACUAUCAACAGAACCAUGAUAUUGAGGAAGAUAUGACCACCUCAUGGCAAGAUCUGAUCCAUGAAACGGAAGACACCAUCGCUCUUUGCAAGAAAGAUGAAACCAUUCAGCACAUAGAAGUCUUCUGUUAUGCCAGUCAAGAUGUUGGGGACAGCACUCAAGAGUCUGAUGCUCUGCAGAGAAGUCUUUCCCCAAAGGCAUCUGCCACCCUGGCUGAGUCUCUGGAUUCUGCAGGCUUGCCCAAAGAAAGGCACACAGUAUACUGUUCAAGCCAUGAAGCACCUUCUAGACAUACAGAGAGAAGUGAUACAGAGCCUUCGCCAUCCCCAGCUGAUGCAGUGAGCUCACUGGAGAAAGAAAAGGAUGGUGGAGAUGAAACUGGUAUCCAGACAAUUUCAGAUGGAGAUAAAGAUGAAGACAAACUUGGUGUAGAAGACAACACAGAACAACCAAAGAGAAAUAGGAUUACUUACCCUCAAAUGAUUAAGGAGAGCCGGAGAUUUAAUAUUGACUUGGUAUCGAAGCUGCUAUAUUCUCAAGGAUCAUUGAUUGAUCUUCUCAUCAAAUCAAAUGUUAGUCGUUAUGCAGAAUUUAAGAAUGUCACUAGGAUCCUUGCAUUUCGGGAAGGGAAGGUAGAACAGGUGCCUUGCUCCAGAGCAGAUGUCUUUAAUAGUAAAGAGCUCACUAUGGUUGAAAAGAGAAUGCUAAUGAAAUUUCUCACAUUCUGCUUAGACUAUGAACAGCAUUCUGAUGAAUACCAAGAUUUCGAACAACGUUCAUUUUCUGAGUACCUAAAAACUAAAAAAUUAACACCCAACCUUCAACAUUUCAUACUACACUCAAUUGCAAUGACGUCAGAGUCAUCCUGCACUACGCUAGAUGGCCUUAAAGCAACAAAAACCUUCCUUCAGUGUCUUGGACGGUUUGGCAACACUCCCUUUAUAUUUCCUUUAUAUGGCCAAGGAGAAAUUCCCCAGUGUUUCUGCAGGAUGUGUGCAGUGUUUGGUGGGAUCUAUUGUCUUCGCCAUAAAGUCCAAUGCCUUGUAGUUGAUAAAGACUCUAGAAGAUGUAAAGGAAUCAUUGACCACUUUGGUCAGCGAAUAAGUGCCAGCUACUUUAUUGUGGAGGACAGUUACCUUUCUAAGGAAACAUGUUCAAAUGUGCCAUAUAAGCAGAUCUCGAGGGCUGUGCUCAUCACAGAUCAGUCCAUCCUGAAGACAGAUUCUGACCAGCAGAUUUCCAUUCUGGUAGUGCCUCCACUAGCGCCAGGAAGCAGCUCUGUUCGGGUCAUGGAGUUAUGUUCAUCAACCAUGACAUGCAUGAAGGAUAGCUAUCUGGUCCACCUUACCUGUUUCUCUUCAAAAACAGCCAGAGAAGACUUGGAACCGGUGGUGCAGCAGCUGUUCAUUCCUUUUGCAGAAGUAGACAAGGAAGAACUUGGGAGACCAAGACUCUUGUGGGCUCUUUAUUUUAAUAUGAGAGAUUCCUCAGGAGUGAGCCGAAGCUCAUACUGUGGCUUACCUUCCAAUGUGUACGUCUGCUCUGGGCCUGACUGUGGACUGGGGAAUGAGCAUGCUGUCAAGCAAGCAGAAACAUUGUUCCAUGAAAUCUUUCCCAGUGAAGAGUUCUGCCCUCCUCCACCAAAUCCUGAAGACAUUAUCUUUGAAGGUGAGGGUUAGCAACCAGACAGUCCUGGAGUCAGUAACACACUUUCCCCAAGGACAGCAAGAACUUGUAAAGCCCAGAACACCUUCGAAAUUAAAACUGACUGGAAGUAUUCUUAUCCUAGCCUCACAAUAUUGUCAUUUAAAGACAGCUGCCAUUGGUGAUUGGCGCUGUUCACAUGUCUUCAACACUGAGACACUGGGUACCUAAUACCUCUGCUAAUCUGUCAGCACCUGGUUUGUGGUGACUCAGCCUUUUCAAAAUUGGCUUCAGGAAUCCAGAAUCCCUGAAUGUCAUUAGCUUUAUUUUACUUUUGGGUCCCAUAUUAGCAACUUUGCUUAACUUAAGAUAGCAUUGCACUUGCUUCUGUGUUCAGGUUUUAUCAUUGUCUACACAAAAUUAAUGUCCACAGACUGCUACUACUGUUGCUACCUCCUCAGAUGCAUAGAGGAACAUAUAAAUCACAACAGUGUGAGUGUUUUGUAUAUUAUGUAAACACAUAGAGCUGGUAGUAGGAGUAGCAGCUAAUACAAGUGCUAAUGUGAUAAAACACAACUGUGAGAAACUUGGUCAUGCAUGAGCCUGUGUCUUCAUCUGCUUAACUUUUGUCACUGAGGAGGCAGUGAGACUACCCUAGCCUGCUACUUUACAAAAAGAAUGCUCCUUAGUCAUUGAAGAAGCUCAUAUUAAUGAGCUGUAUUGCAAUCUGGGUACGGUUGCUUAUUCAUGUAAUGCUAUCAUUCAGGGGGUUG